AUGCUGCCCCUCAGCCGCGGGCGGCCCCGCCGCUGGCAGCGCCCCCUGCUCCUCCUGUCAGCGCUGCUCUGGGCGCCGGCGCUGGUGGCUUUCAACCUGGACGAGGAGAAGCUGACGGUGUACAGCGGGCCCCCGGGCAGCUACUUCGGCUACUCGGUGGACUUCUACAUCCCCGACCCCAGCACGGUCAGUGUCCUGGUGGGAGCCCCCAAAGCCAACACCUCGCAGCCGGACAUCGUGGAAGGAGGAGCGGUGUACUACUGCGCCUGGCCCGGCGCCCGGUGCCGGCAGAUCCCCUUCGACAACACCAACAACAGAAAAAUUAAAGUCAAUGGCACCAGGGAACCUAUUGAAUUUAAGACAAAUCAGUGGUUUGGGGCAACAGUCAAAGCUCAUAAAGAGAAAGUUGUGGCUUGUGCUCCUCUGUAUCAUUGGAGAACCCUUAAAGACAGCCCUGAGAAGGACCCUGUUGGCACCUGCUAUGUAGCAAUCCAGAACUUCAGUGCCUAUGCUGAAUAUUCACCUUGUCGCAACAGCAAUGCAGAUCCUGAAGGACAAGGCUUUUGUCAAGCAGGUUUCAGCUUGGAUUUUUACAAGAAUGGAGACCUGAUAGUAGGCGGGCCCGGUAGUUUUUAUUGGCAAGGUCAGGUAAUCACAGCAAGUGUUGCAGACAUCAUUGCAAAUUAUUCCUUCAAGGAUAUUCUGAGGAAACUGGCACGAGAGAAGCAAACAGGAGUGGCACCACCCUCGUAUGAUGACAAUUACAUGGGAUACUCAGUGGCUGCUGGGGAAUUUACUGGGGAUUCUGAACAAGAGCUGGUUGCUGGAGUCCCAAGGGGUGCACAGAACUUUGGCUAUGUCUCAAUUAUUAAUUCCUCUGACCUGACCUUUAUCCAGAACUUCACUGGUGAGCAGAUGGCGUCCUAUUUUGGGUACACAGUUGCAGUAUCUGAUGUUAACAAUGAUGGUUUAGAUGAUAUCCUAGUUGGUGCUCCUCUUUUUAUGGAACGAGAAUUUGAGAGCAAGCCUAAAGAAGUUGGGCAAGUUUAUCUGUACCUGCAAGAAAGUGCAUUCCUCUUCCAAGAUGCACAAAUUCUGACAGGCACUGAAGUGUUUGGUAGAUUUGGCAGUGCAAUCACUCACCUUGGGGAUCUCAAUCAGGAUGGAUAUAAUGACAUUGCUAUUGGUGCACCAUUUGCAGGAGAAGACAGAAGAGGGAAAGUGCUCAUUUACAAUGGACACAGCAAUGGGUUAAACCCUAACCCUUCCCAGGUUCUCAAUGGAGCCUGGGCCUCUCAGUCCAUGCCUUCGGGAUUUGGCUUCACUCUGAGAGGAGACUCUGAUGUAGACAAGAAUGAUUACCCAGAUUUAAUUGUGGGUGCAUUUGGAGCUGGAAAAGCAGUUGUUUACAGAGCCAGACCUGUUGUGACAGUGAAUGCUCAUCUUAUUCUGAACCCCAUGAUUGUGAAUCCAGACAAUAAAACCUGUCAGCUCCCCAACUCUCAGCUUUUGGUGGCCUGCUUUACUGUAAGAGUCUGCGCAGAUUUUGAAGGUCAAAGUAUCUCAGAUGAGAUAGUGCUGAAAGGUGAAUUGCAGUUAGAUUCAUUGAAACAGAAAGGAGCUGUUAAGAGAACCCUCUUCUUUGAUUACCAUCAGUCACAUCACUACUUCUCCAUUGUGAUAGAAAGACAGAAACAACUCCAUUGCCAGGACUUCCUUGUUUAUCUCAGAGAUGAAACAGAAUUUAGAGAUAAAUUAUCUCCUAUCAAUAUAAACUUCAAUUAUAGUUUGGAUGAGACCAGUUUUGAAGAUAGUUUCACUGUGAAGCCAAUCCUGAACUAUUACCAGAAAAACUCACUAGCAGAGCAGGCUUACAUUCUGGUUGACUGUGGGGAGGACAACUUAUGUAUUCCUGACUUGCAACUUUCUGCAGUGCCGGAUACAGAUCAGCUAAUAAUUGGAGAAGAAAACUGUGUCAUGCUCAUAAUAAAUCCAAGGAAUGAUGGGGAAGGAGCCUAUGAAGCUGAGCUACAUAUAAAGAUUCCACCCGAAGCAGAUUACACCGGGGUCGAACGCAACAACAAGGCCCUGCGUGUGUUGAGCUGUGAUUACAAGAUGGAAAAUGAAACUAGAAUGGUGGUUUGUGAUCUUGGGAACCCCAUGGUGGCUGGCGCAAACUUCUCUGCAGGCAUUCGAUUUUCUGUUCAGCAUUUUGAAAAUGCAGACUUCAGCAUCAAUUUUGAGCUGCAAAUAAAAAGUUCUAACAAGAUAAAUCCCACCAGCAACUUAGUGAACCUCCAUAUCAACAUCAGUGCUGCAGCUCAAGUACAGAUCAGAGGAGUGUCUCACCCCCCAACAAUUAUUUUGCCACUUCACAACUGGGAACCCAAAGAUGAACCUACAAAAGAAGAAGAAGUUGGUCCUUUAGUAGAACACAUCUAUGAGCUGCACAAUAUAGGACCAAGUGCCAUCAACCAUACAGUUCUCCAUGUUGGUUGGCCUGUGUCCAGUAGAGAAGAAUUUCUUCUUUAUAUUCUCCACAUUCAGACACAUGGACCAUUGCACUGUCAAACAAGCUAUCCUAUUAAUCCAAUGCAAAUAAAGUUUGCUGUUCCAGAAGACACUCCUGAACUUGCUGCUUUUUUAUAUAAUUCCACAAUUUCUCAUUACAUCAGGAGAAGGGAUGUUGCCGUGGCAGAACCUCACAGGAAAAACUCUGCAAGAAUAUUGAACUGUACAAAUGUGAAGUGUGUCCUAAUUUCAUGCACUGUGGGACUGCUGGAAAGAGGAAAGAGUGCUGCACUAAAAAUCAGGUCCCGGCUCUGGGCACAAACAUUCCUGGAGAGAAAAAAUUAUCUCUACAGUCUUUCUUCCAAUGUUUCCUUUGAAGUUAAGAGCAUGCCAUAUAAAGUGCAACCAGCAAAGCUCCCUGAGGGAAGCAUAGCAAUCAGAACAUCUGUCAUUUGGUCCACCCCAAAUGUGUCCUUUGAGAUCCCUUUAUGGGUUAUAAUACUAGCCAUUCUUCUUGGACUGCUAGUACUAGCUCUACUGACCCUAGCUUUAUGGAAGUGCGGCUUCUUUGACAGAGCUAGACCUCCUCAAGAUGACAUGGCUGACAGGCAGCAGCUGACAAAUAACAAGACUACUGAUGCAUAAAGGAAGAGAGUGACAGUUCAAGUCAGAAUCCUGCCUGAGAGACUAGAAACAUGACGAGGAUUAAAUGAAAGAUUCCUUCCUACCAGUCUUCCUUUGUACCUGCAAGUGACAUGUUGUCGAUCUGAUCUAUGCAAUGUUCUGAGAACAUGCCACAUGAUGGCCAUCCUUGCCAAAGAAAGUAACUUAUCACUGCCUUACAAACAUAUUUUCCACUGAACAGAAUGUUUAUCCCAUAUUCCAGUCAGUGUACGUUUCAGCAGAUGCUUCUGAGCACAUGUGGUAUGCUGAGAUGCUUCCAGAACAAGCCCAGAUCUCUCAAGGAGAGAAUGCCUUCAUUGCUGGAUUGGCUAGAAGAUGAAGCAGGACAAACCUUCUGAAUGCUACUGUAUCAUGCAGAGUAUCUUUGAAACCUCCCUAAGAACUUCUAUGAAAUUAUGGCUCAGGGAGACAGGCAAUAUAUCAGUACUGUGAAAGUACUUCUGAAACACAAAGGUAAUCUAUAAAUACCUUUAUAGAUGGGGCACAAUUAUUUAUUUUUCCACCUUUUUGUAAUAAGUAUCUGAUAUAAUCAUCAACAUAGAUUUUGAGAGAAGGAAAAAUAAUAGAAAUCAUGUACUUACUUUGCAUGUAAAUAGAAGAGUAAAUGCAUUGUACACCCAGAACACAACCUCCUUGGCUAUGAGGUGUUUUGCAAAGCAGAAAAUUUAUGGAACACUUUACAAGAUGAGACAUAUGAUAAGCAAGUACAUGUUGUAUCUCUUUCAGCCCAGAGCUGGCAGUAUCACAUCAAGAUAACUAAAUCCAUGCACAAUAUAGAGCAGGGAUGAGUUGCCCUGUUCUUGCUUUGCUGAUGGCUGGCAGCUGUACACUGACACAGGUUACAGACAUUUCUGAAACACUGCUUUAAAUUAUCACAGCCACACUGGUGAUA